CGAUUUCAUCCAAUCGGGAGCUUUGACGUCACAAUAGUGACGUCACGACAGUGACGUCAAAACUGGCGAUUAAAUAAAACUUUUAACAACUGAUACCUGCCAGGGGCAGAGUUGUCAAGAUCGCAGUAUACUUGCACUGGUGGGCGAGCAGACGUGGUAGCAGCUAGUCAAUGAUGACCAGAUGAUGUCCGUCAAUAGCAGGCAGUGAGUUACACGUCACAUGUUACCAAGAGGAAUUAGUGACGUUUGUUUAGAAUUUUGUCAAGAAAAUGCCCUUAAGUCCAACGAUUGGUAACUUUGACAAUAGCUCAUUGAUGAGGUGUGUUAUUUAACAAAUGUAGAUAUCCCCAUGUCAAAGACGUGAUUUGACGCCUGUCACAUUGUAUGAGUAUAACCUGUUUUUGGAAAUGGCCAGCCCAAGAACCCGCUGUAUUCUUGCUGAAUUAAAACCUUUACAUGAUAAUUCGAAAUGUUUUGAAUGUGGAACACACAAUCCACAAUGGGCGUCUGUGACAUAUGGCAUUUGGAUUUGUCUCGAGUGCUCAGGGAAGCACAGGGGCCUCGGGGUGCAUUUAUCCUUUGUCAGGUCCAUCAGUAUGGAUAACUGGAAAGAUAUUGAAUUGGAGAAAAUGAAGGUUGGAGGUAAUCAAAGAGCAAAGGACUUUUUCAAGUCCCAGCCUGAUUGGGAUGAAAAUGCACCACUUCAGCAACGAUAUAAUACUAAGGCAGCUGCACUCUAUAGGGACAAGAUUUCUACUCUUGCACAAGGCAAAGAAUGGGAUAUAGCGUGUUCCCCUGCACAAAAUUAUGUCAACAAAUUGAAUGGAACUGCAAGUAGUAAUAUAAAGAGUUACACAAAUGAUUCUAAUUAUAGUGGCAGGAGUACUACUGAAAACGAGGGAUAUCAGUCUGGAGGUGGUUUUCAGAGUUUUGAGUAUCAACAAAAUGUAAAUGAUCAAAAAGAACUGUUUUUUGCUCGCAAAGAAAGAGAAAAUGCCAUGCGGCCAGAUCAUCUUCCACCCAACCAAGGUGGACGAUAUGGAGGAUUUGGUUAUACAAUGGAACCACCCCCUCGCAGCACUUCCCAGGAAUUUUUUGAUAAUGCCAUGUCAUCACUAGCGAGUUUUUCUGGAAUUUUGGCAAUUGUUUUCACUUAUGUUAAAGUUACAAUGUUCAAAGCACUUAAGGGUUGGUCUGUUUUUUCUGUAAAUGCUACAAAAAUAGCUAGCAAAGCCACUGGAAGUGCUAUGAAAAUUGGAGGAAUGGCAUCUCAGAAAGUUGCAGAGAUAAGUGUUUCAGUUGGGGAGAAAGUGAAAGAUGGCAAGCUGCUAGAAGAUAUAGGUUCUCAUGUGACAAAUAUUGCUACAAAGGUAGGAGAUUUAAGUAGGAGAGGAUGGCGAGAUUUGUCUGAUAAUUCUACACCUACUCGAAAUGAAGGUGAGCCAUGUGAUACUCCCUCCUCUGAGAGAUCGUUUUUACUACUUGAUGGAAAUCAAACGUAUAGAUCUCAAACACGUGAAAAUAUAAAUUCCCCAUUGUUAAAAGAAGGAUCAAAGAACUUAAAUCGGAGUGAGCAGGAUGACUGGAGUUGGUCAGAAGAAAAACAACAAGAGGUUAAAUCUCAAGUGCGAGAGAACAUUAACUCCACAGAAUGGAAAGAAGGAUCCAAGAAUAAUACAAGACAGACCAAACAAGACAAUUGGAAUUGGUCUGAAGAGAAAAAGCAAGGGGUGAAAACAAGUCCUCAGCCUAAACCAGAAAAAGAAAAAUGGGAUGAUUGGGAAUCUGGUAAUUCUGAAUCUAAAAUAAAUAAAGAAGAUCCCAAGGAAGGGUUAUUAGUUGAUUUGGCAGAGGAGAAGAAUAAUGAUUGGAAUGCAAAAUGGAAUGAAGAUGAUGCUUGGGAAAUGCUUAAUAAAAAGGAUUAAUGAUCCAGAACAUUAUCAUGAAAUUCUCACUUAGAAUAUGUUCAACUCGUUAGCUAGUAAUAUUUUGUGGGCUGCUUGUUACUGUGCGAAUUGAGUGUCUGGAAGUGUCAAUUUUUGUGUUGAAAGUUCUAUUAAAAUUUUAUUUGGGAGAAAUGAAAGAUUACAGUUUGCUGGUUUUCAGCUUGUGAUGAGAAUGAUACAGAUUGACAGAAUGUCUUGUGUGGAAAAUGAAAUUUUAAUUUUGUUAAGUAUAUUUUGCAUCAUUUCUAUUUUAAAUCUAUAUUUAAUUGGUUUUUGUAACUUGUGCUGUCUUAUGUUAAGUUACGUGAUGUAAUUAAAGAUAUAUUGGUGGACCAUAAUAAUCUUUUAUUUUAAACUUUUCGUAUCUUGUGAAGUGAUUUGCCAUUAUUAUGAUGCUUAUAUUGUGGUUCUGUAGUCAUGAACAAAAUUUGAGAAUUUUGUAGAAAUAAGAUAAUUUUAUAGAAUGAAGAGAAUUUUGUAGAAUUAUCCAGUUAUUGCUCAGAAAAAAAAUAUUUCAAAUUGGUCUGAAAUAAUUUAGUUGAUAAUUUUUUCAUGGUUAUUACAGAGUGAUGAGAAAAUAAGACCUAAUUUAAGAUUUUGUCCGAUUUUUUGAUGUAUAAUAUUUCUUUCCCUGGGGUUUAGUGGGUGACAAAUGUGAAAAAUGAUUAGAGAUCAGAUUUGUCGAUGUGUUAAAGUUUAAAAACUAUAAAUGUCUCUGUAUUGUUAAUCUUGUACAUUUGAUUGCUUAGUCACAAGUUUCUAAAAAAACAGAUAAUCUGGAAGUUGUAAUAUAAGAAUAAUUUCACAAAAUCUAUAAGUAAUGACUAUUACUUUUUGACAUAAAAUAGAAUGAAACUUGUCUUCGAAUGAAG